AUGUACUCCUCCUCCCUUCGCAAGCGCUUCAGGGCUCCCGCGACCUUUGACGACUACGCGGCGCCGCAAUGGUAUUCGAAUCACAAUACCCGAAGCGACGAAUACGCCAAGGGCGUAUGGUUCCGGCGGGUCGGCUACAUUCUUGCGCUUGGGACAGUCGCCGGCUGUGUUUACCUUGGCAUCUUGGCCGUCGUCUCUGGAGGAUCCACCGCUGUUGAUGGUGGUCCUGGAUCCUUUGUGGACACACCCAAGCUCAACUUUAAGAGAUCCGACGGCACCGGAUACAUCUGCGACGUGGCGACGUGCAAAACCCCCAACUGCACCUGUGCCUCCAGAUAUCCGCCUGCAGGGAUCGAGGUCGCGAAUGUGCCUCAGUUCAUGGUUCUCACCUUUGAGGAUCCGGUCAUGGAGGCCGUGACCUUCCCGCAGGCAUACGAAAACAUCGUCCGGCUCCACAGCAACCCCAACGGCUGUCCCAUCGGAGCUACAUGGUUCACGACCACCGACAACUCGGAUUACCACUCGAUCCAAGUGCUCGAUGCCCACGGUGUCGAGAUCGCCAGUCACACAAUGACCCAUGCUCCAAACCCCAAUAUCUCCGAGAUCGAAGGCCAUCGUCUCGCGAUCCAAGCUUACGCAGGAAUCCCGAAAUCCAAGAUCGUGGGCUUCCGCGCACCCUUCUUGAAGCUCGACAAAGAAACCUUUGCGUUGCUCAAAUCGCUGGAUUUCUGGUACGACGCCUCUGUGCGCCAUCCGCUCCAACAUGCCUACUGGCCAUACACCUUGGAUCACGGCUUGGCUGUCUCCUGCGACAAGAGCGAUUCGGCCACAUGCCCUUACGAUCCAGAUAUGAAGUUCGAGGGACUCUGGGAGCUGCCCCUGACUGAGAUCUACCUGUCAAAGGACAAGAGCGCGUCCCGCUUGGUCGAUCCCCCCUUCUCCGGCGAGCAACUCCUCACGGUCCUUCAAAGCACCUUCAAGCGACAUCACUGGGAAGACAAGCGUGCGCCAAUGGGUAUCUGGAUGACCCCGGCAUGGCUCUUGCAAGACGAAAGCCGCAUUGAAACCAUCAACCACUUCAUCGAGUGGACCCAGCAGGUCACAAACAAGCAGGUCUAUUACAUCACUGCCAAGCAGCUUAUUCAGUGGAUGCGCUAUCCCUCGGGUCUUGACCGCAUCAAAGCCCACCCUGCGAUGCAAUGUGUGCCGCCCAAGGUCAAGCCAGGACAAUGCAAUGGAAUGACGAGCCAUCGCCGAGGCAAAUACGACGAGGGCCUGAUCAAUAACUGCGUGUUCGACGGCUACGCAUUCAACACAUGCUUUGUGUGCCCAAAACGAAAGCCGACUCCGGACGUGCCCGUUCCGCCUCCUCAGGCCGCUGGCAACGAAUCCUCCCGAUGUAUUUCUCCCAAACCCAGCAACGGCUGUAUGUACGGCUCCUGGAAGAACUGCGCAUGCGUGUGUCAAAUCUCGGCGAGCGGUCAGGGAUACUGCGUCGACACCAAGGGAAUGUGUACGAUUCCGAAUGAGUUCGAUACGAUAACAAACAAAUGGCAGUGUCCAGAGGGUUCUUUCCCGUCUGGAACCAGUCCGUACAAAGUCAGUCUCACGGUCAACGCACAGAACAGCGUACCAAACUACGAUGAUUAUACCGAGGACAAUAUCCGUGGUAGCGGUAGAAACCAGGCACAACAGCCCAUAUUGAACUAGCGUUCUCGGCGCAAAUGAUUUGGGCGAUCGCUUUCCAUUCCACUCCAUUCCUGAAUGCGAUAUGGAGGAGUGGCUGCAUUAUUGAGCUUGAGCAUAGAGUGUCGUAUUGCCAAAAGGUGCCGAGACCAAAGAAAGACAGCUCGAUUUCAUGCUGAUCGCAAAGUCAGCCCAGAUACGCUGCAUUUACAUCCAAUGUUCACUUUGACGGAGAAAUACACGAAUAUCCGUCCAC